AAUAAAAGGGACUUUCUUUUUCUACGUCCUUUGUUGAAGUGUACAUGGUGUAUGAUUACUUUGACUCAAAAACGAUUUCAUUGAGUUCGAUAUCGAUCUAAUUGGGGCAAACGAUUGAAAUGAUUGACCCAUAAUUUAUUUUUUAAUUGAAGAAAUUCAAUGCAAGUCGGAUUUGCUGUGGGAGAACUCAGUGCUUUCUUGUUCUUGGUGGAUACAGGAUCCAGAGACUAAAUUACCUCCCAGCUCGCUCAAACUCGGAUGCCGGAAAUGACGUUUCAACGGCAGCGUGCGAACGACCCGGCGAUCGCGGCCUUUCUUGUGAACCAGCGGCACCAGAAGGACCUCACGUCACGGCUCGUGGAAAUUGACCGCCUCAUGUACGCGCGCCUCAAGUCCCUGUCACGUGACCGCCUAGACGUCAGCAGCGAUCUGUGUCGGCUUGAUGAAGAUAUGAAGCGCCUGGAGUACUAUGAUAAAACCAUGGAUGGCGUCAAAAUGAGGGAUUAUAAUGACCACGUAUAUCAGAACACAAGAGACGUCAAAAAGCAGAUUGCGAAUGAUAACUUUACAUUUGACUCUUCCGUGAUGAUAAAAAGAAAAAUAUCUGCGCAAAUAAAUUUGCCAAAAGUAAACAGCCCCUUUCUAGUGACGCAGAAAUAUGACACGAAUGUAAAAAAGCCAAUGAGAAAAAGAACCAAACAUAGACGCGAUUCCACGCUUGCUCUUUUGAAGAGCAAGUCGUUCAGUGUCUCCGAUUCCAAUCUACACAGAGUCUCAUCGUUUGCAAAGCAACAAAGUAUACUCAACGAUGAGGCUAAGGUGCGGAGCGUUUCUCACGAGGACCUCAGCAAACGUCCAUCAGACAACACCAUGGACCUCUUUAAACGCUUUAUAAACCGAUCCAAAACUACAAUAGGUGUAGCCCCAGUUCUCAACCCAGGAUUACCAUCCCUGGGGCCACGUCAGGGCACUCAGUACAGCCUCACCGGAGCAGCGGAGGAACGCAGGCCGCUCAAGGCGCAUAUGGCCGCCAGCGGCCUGCCCACUGUUCGGGAGAGUACCGCCAGCCGGCAGCGGAAAUUAAGCGUGUGAGGUCUGCUGCCAUAUAAAUUUUACUUAAAUACGUUGGCCAUGCAUUUCUUCUUAUGGCGAAAUAAAGAAAUGGUGCUAAAACAGACACCAAAAUUUCAUUUUUAAAAAUUCAUCCUUUUUUCCUUUU